GUUUGUUAAUACAAACGAAUUACAUAGAAAAAGGUCUAAAUAAAGCUAGUUGAUUCUGGGUAGGACGACGAAAAGGAUUCACAUAGAAAUAGUCUGCAUUGUUUACUACCAUCAGUAAUUCAUAUUCAUAAUAAAAUGCUUUCCGCCAGAUCCACCGUUAGGGCCUUGAGACCUAUGGGUCGUUACUUUUCGACCUCGCGUGUAGCCAGAGCUGAGGUCGAGCUUACUGUCGACGGAAGAAAGGUGUCUAUCGAAGCCGGUUCUUCCAUCAUCCAAGCCGCUGACAAGGCCGGUGUCACCAUCCCUCGUUACUGUUACCAUGACAAGCUUGCCAUUGCUGGUAAUUGCAGAAUGUGUCUUGUUGACGUUGAAAGAAUGCCAAAACUUAUAGCAUCAUGUGCCAUGCCUGUGCAAAAUGGAAUGGUUGUUAACACCAAGUCCGAAAGAAUCACCAAGGCCCGUGAAGGUGUCACCGAAAUGUUGUUGGAAAACCAUCCAUUAGAUUGUCCUGUUUGUGACCAAGGUGGUGAAUGUGAUUUGCAAGAACAAUCUCAAAGAUAUGGUUCCGACCGUGGUAGAUUCACCGAAGUUGUCGGUAAGAGAGCUGUCGAAAACAAGGCCAUUGGUCCACUUGUCAAGACCUCCAUGAACAGAUGUAUCCACUGUACCAGAUGUGUUCGUUUCAUGAAUGAUGUAGCUGGUGCUCCUGAAUUGGGUACUGCCGGUAGAGGUAACGACAUGCAAAUCGGUACUUACAUAGAGAGAAACAUUAACUCUGAAAUGUCUGGUAACAUUAUUGAUUUAUGUCCAGUUGGUGCCUUGACUUCUAAGCCUUAUGCCUUUAGAGCUAGACCUUGGGAAUUGAAGAGAACUGAAACCAUUGACGUUAUGGAUGCUGUUGGAUCCAACGUCAGAGUUGAUGCCAGAGGUAUUGAAGUCAUGAGAGUUUUACCAAGACUUAACGAUGAGAUUAACGAAGAAUGGAUCUCUGACAAGUCCAGAUUUGCCUGUGAUGCUCUUAAGACCCAAAGAUUAACCACUCCAUUGAUCAGAAAUGGUGACAAGUUCGAAGUUGGUACUUGGGAUGAAGCCUUGGGAACCAUCGCCGCUGCUUACGCCAAGAUCAAGCCAUCUGGUGAUGAAUUGAAGGCUAUUUCCGGUGCUCUUGUUGACGCUGAAUCCUUGGUUUUAUUGAAGGACUUGGUUAACAAGUUGGGUUCUGAAAACGUCACCACUGAUGUUAAGCAAGCCACUGGUGCUCACGGUGUUGAUAUCAGAUCUAACUACAUUUUCAACUCCACUAUUGAAGGUAUUGAAGAUGCUGACCAAAUUUUACUUGUUGGUACCAACCCAAGACAUGAAGCUGCUGUUUUGAACACCAGAAUUAGAAAGGUUUGGUUAAGAUCUGACUUGGAAAUCGGUCAUGUUGGUGAACAAUUCGACUCUACUUUUGAAUUGGAACACUUUGGUCAAGAUGUUAACGCUUUGAAGAAGGCCUUGGAUGGUGAAUACGGUAAGAAGUUGGCCAAUGCUAAGAAGCCAUUGAUUAUUGUUGGUUCUGGUGUUGCUGCCUCUGAAGAUGCCCAAGCUAUUUACAACGUUGUUGGUGAAUUUGUUGGUAAGAACGCCAACUUCACCACUCCAGAAUGGAAUGGUUUCAACUUGUUGCACCGUGAAGCUUCUCGUGCUGCUGCCUUGGACAUUGGUUACACUAGUCAUAAGGAAGCCUCUGCUCCAGCUAAGUUUAUCUACCUUUUGGGUGCUGAUGAAUUAGCCAACAAGGACAUUCCAAAGGAUGCCUUUGUUGUUUACCAAGGUCACCAUGGUGAUCUCGGUGCUUCUUUUGCCGAUGUCAUCUUGCCAGGUUCCGCCUACACCGAAAAGUCUGCCACUUACGUUAACACUGAAGGUAGAACCCAAGUUACCCGUGCUGCUACCAAUGCUCCUGGUUCUGCCCGUGAAGAUUGGAAGAUUAUCAGAGCAUUGUCCGAAUACUUGAACGCUUCCUUGCCAUACGAUGACUUGUACGCAGUCAGAAACAGAAUGAGCGAAGUUGCUCCUCACUUGAUUAGACAUGAUGUUAUUGAAACUGUUUCUCCAGAAGUUGCCAAGGUUGGUAUCGUCGAUGUGUUGGCCAAGUCCAACCACGGUGUCUCCCCAGUUGGUGCUCCAUUGAAGAACCCAAUUGAAAACUUCUACUUCACAGAUGUGAUUUCUAGAUCUUCUGCCACCAUGGCUCGUUGUGUUGCUUCUUUCGGAGCCAAGGUUGACAAGAUCACCGACACCAGACCAGACAUCAACUUUUAAGAAUGCCCCAUUCAUAUCAUAUUCAGAAAAGUACCAUAGUCGACCAUUUCCCCCCUUCCACCACCACCCACUCACAUUAAUUUGAAGAUCUGCAACCACGCAGGUUGAUCAUAUCGGAUCCCUGGAUCAUUUUAAGCAUACGAUUAGCGUCCAAUGUACCCAUUGAGGCAUGUAGAUGGUUAUCAG